GCAUAUUCUUCUCGUAAUCUGGUCCUCCCUGGGUUCUGACUCCGCGAGUGAGUGAAGGGUUUUUCAAACUCUUCUUCUUCAACCUUCCAUCAAUACUCCAAAUCAAAACCCUCUACAAUGGAGUCCCUUGCUAAGCUCCAACAACCUCUCCACCUCUCCCUCAAUCCCCACCGUCUAUCAUUCCCUAAGCCCAUUUCUUCUUUCCGAAUAUCAUCCUCAUCCCCACCUCCCUUCAACUCCCUCUCCAUUAAAGCCUCCUCCUCUUCUUCCCAUAACCAUAAACCCUCGCUCCUAGCAUACAUCGCCUCCCCCAUUCUCAAAACCACUUGCGUCGCCGUCGUUGCUGCUGCUCUCUUUUUCGUCCGGUUCCACUACAAACCCGCCUUCGCUGCUGCCCCGAUUGCCGCACCCUCGGCGGUCGAAGAAUCGUCCGAGGAGGCUGCGAAUGAUGACCAAGAGAAGCUCAUUGAGGAGCAAUUGAGUCGUAACCCUGAUGAUAUGGAAGCGCUUCGGUCACUUAUGGAGGUCAGGAUCAAAGCGAAUAAGCUUCAAGAAGCGGUUCAAGUGCUGGACCGGCUCAUUGAGCUCGAACCGGACGAUAACGAGUGGCCUGUGCUUAAAGCCAACAUCCAUAGCUACAUGGGUGAGCUUGAAUUGGCCAAAUAUGAAUUCGAGGAGAUUUUGAAGAAAGACCCCUUACGCGUCGAGGCUUAUCAUGGGCUGGUAAUGGCGGCUUCUCAGUCUGAGGAUAGUAAUUUGGAAGCUAUGGCGAAGAGAGUCGAGGAGGCAAUGAAGAUGUGCGAGAAGCAGAGGAAUAAAUCCGAAGUUAGGGACUUUAAACUCCUCAUUGCUCAAAUUAGAGUGAUGGAGUCCAAUUACUCGGAUGCUUUGAAGCUUUACCAGGAACUAGCCAAGGAUGAGCCGAGGGACUUCAGACCCUAUUUGUGCCAAGGGAUUAUAUAUACCCUGCUAAAGAAGAAAAAUGAGGCUGAGAAACAGUUCGAUAAGUUCAGGAGGCUGAUUCCCAAGGAGCAUCCUUAUAGAGAGUACUUUGAUGAUAACAUGUUUGCAACCAAGCUUUUUUCGCAGAAGGUGGAGAGGGAGACGGCGGGUUCGAGGAGCUGAAAGAAAUGGGCUUAGAAUUUUUGCUUCUUUAUUGAGAUGUUCACUAGCUGGUUAUUCCGGACCUGAUUUCUGCUACUGGAUAGGUUGAGUGGUGCAGUCGAUAGCUUUCUCUUAAGGUGUGUGCUCAAUUCCUAAUGGAGAUCUACCUAACAAUAUGCUAGAGUUUGAGCUUCAUGCCUAGAUAUUGUUGGGUUCGGCUGGGCUUGAUAUCUGGAAAAUAAUCUGUUGUGUAUGUCUGUCCACCAUGCAGACAAGUAUAACAUGUCAUCAUAUAUGAACAUUCUAUGCACUUGAAGUAAUACUGGUUGCUUUUGGUGUUCUUUCCCUGAUUCAACUUUAGCUUAGCUGUUGACAGACUUUAUCUUGCUAGUCGAGAAGAAAGCUAGCUUAUCAUGGUUUCACUAGUCAUAGUGAGAUUGGAUUGUAGGGACCAACUUCCAAGUAUGAACAUUGCCAAUGCAUAAUCUUCAUUUGCUCAA